AAGUAAAUAAACUACUAUGUGGGUUUUCAGUAGAUCAAAAGGGGCAUCUGGGUUUUCCUAUUCCUCCACCGCUGAACAAGUCACCCAGGAAAUCGACGGCUCCGGUCUCACCGCCAUUGUUACAGGAGCCUCAAGUGGUAUUGGUGCUGAAACUAGCCGUGUUCUAGCUCUGCGUGGAGUUCAUGUUAUCAUGGCUGUCAGGAAUAUAGCUGCUGGAAAAGAUGUUAAAGAAGCAAUAGUAAAGGAAAUCCCAGCUGCUAAAGUUGAUAUAAUGGAGUUAGAUCUUAGCUCAUUGGCAUCAGUAAGGAAAUUUGCAGCUGACUUUAUAUCAUCAGGUCGCUCAUUGAACAUGCUAAUUAAUAGCGCAGGGGUGGUGGGAAUUCCCUUUAUGCUUUCCAAAGAUAACAUAGAGCUGCAAUUUGCCACAAAUCAUCUAGGUCAUUUUCUUUUGACAAAUUUGUUGUUGGACAAGAUGAAGGAGACAACAUGUAAAACAAAGAGAGAGGGGAGGAUUGUCAAUGUUUCUUCAGUAGCUUAUUGUAUGUUCACAUGUCGUGAGGGAAUUCGCUUUGACAAAAUUAAUGAUCCCAAAAGCUACUAUAGUUUUUGGGCAUACGGACAGUCAAAGCUGGCCAACAUACUGCACACUUGUGAGCUCACAAGACGCUUAAAGGAAGAAGGAGUGGAAAUAACUGCAAAUUCACUUCAUCCUGGAACAAUCACAACCAAUAUGUUUCGUCAUCUGGGCUAUUUUGAUGGCCUUGUAAGCAAGUUUGGAAGGUUUAUCUUUAAAAACGUUCAACAGGGAGCAUCAACCACUUGCUAUGUUGCAUUGCAUCCACAAUUGAAGGGGAUAAGUGGUGAAUAUUUUUGUGACAACAACAGCUAUUGCUAGAGAUAUGGAUUUAGCUAAGAGGCUCUGGGAUUUUAGUAUGGAUUUAGUCAAGUAACAUAUAACAUGUGAUAUCAGUAAUAGAGAAAAAUAACUUAGUAUUUGAUUGUUUGUGAUGUUUAUAUUUGCAUUAAGAGUUAGGAGAUGGAUUUCUAGGUGUAUUCCUACUGUAUCAUAUCCUCAGCUUUCUGGAAAAUGUCAAAUGUCUCUGGGACGGAACCGAGAGUGUUCACUAAACGAAAAGCUUUUCCGAGCAGUGAGCCAGAUUCAGGAUUUGUAAUCAUUUAUAGAUUUGGAGUCACUGGUCCUUCUAGAUGCAGAAUCCCAAUCCCAACUUCUUCAUGUAAUCAGGGCAAUAGCAAAGCUCAAAGACAGAAUCAUUAGUUCAGGUCUUCAUUCACGA